AAGACUUACGACUAUCCUCCUCCUACAAAACCUUUAAUGGAGCGUCGACCUUCAAAAAUUGAAGUUGGAAAGAACAAGCAGCCUACUUACUACUCGUCUGACGAAGAUGAAGAUGAUGAGUAUAAAUUUGAUGAUGAAGCCAUCCUCAGAGACUUGAAUGCAUCAAAGAGAAUUGAUAUUGAUGAUAUAACUCUCUCAGACGACGACGAAUACGAUACGGACGAUGAUACAGAUGGCAAUAUAAACCUCUCCCAACAAAGACAUGGCUGUUCUAGAACUGCAAACAACAAUACAGCGACCACCAUGAAAAAUGAUUUACCUCCUAUACCCAUCAUUUCAGCGCCUGGAUAUUCGGACGAUGAGGUGACCGAUCAUGAAGAAAAUGAGCCUAUGCCGCCUAUUCCAGCAAUUUGUGCCCCUGGGUACAGCUCUGAUGAGGAAGAAGGAAAUAAGCGUAGCGGCGGCAAAGAGCAGCAAAAGACAACGACAUCGAACUCUAUCUUGGAUUCCAUUUUUUACGGUGUACGUUGUGGAGGCUGCGACAAGCUUUUGAGUGGUCAAGCUAUUACUACUUCGGGAAAGCACUGGCACCCACGCUGCUUCAAGUGUCAAGCUUGUCAUCAAAAUUUGGAACAUAUAGCAUUUUAUGAGAAGGAUGGAUUACCUUAUUGCGCGCUAGAUUACCAUGAAUUGUUCAGUCCACGCUGUGAUUAUUGUAAAACACCUAUUGAGGAACAUUUGAUUUCAGCAUUGGGCAAAACAUAUCAUGCAGGACAUUUUUUCUGUAGAGAAUGCGGAAAACCUUUUGAUGAAGACACAAAUUUCUUGGAACACGAAGGUCAUGCUUAUUGUGAAAAAGAUUACUUUAGACGAUUUGGUAAACGAUGUAAGGGUUGUGAGGAAAUUAUCACAGGCGAUUUCUUAGUGGCAUUAGGUGGUGAUUGGCACAAAGAAUGCUUCGUUUGUGCAGACUGUGGUAGUACAUUCACUUCAUCCACGUUUUUGAUGAGAGGAGGGAAGCCUUAUUGCGAAGAACACUAUCAUCAGCAAGAAAAUACAACACUACGUUUGAAAAAGAAGAGUAGUCUCCCAUCUAUUAGUAAUAGAUCGACGACGAAAGGAACUCUACGAAACUUGCCGGAUAUCGACUUGCUGAAUUCACUCAAAUCGUUAUCUGUAAAUGAUGAGGACAAUCAUAAGCAAGCGCAAAGUGAAAAGAAGAAGUGUCACCGAUGUCGCGAGCCGAUUCAAGGAAGAUGCCAUACUGCGUUUGGUUUCGAUUAUCAUCCAGCACAUUUUCAAUGUUCCCAAUGUGAUAAGUUAUUAUCACCAAGAUUGACUGGACUUUAUCAAGAAGCAGAAGGUGGUGAACUAAUAUGCAAACCUUGUGCUCGUAAAAGCAGA